AAAAGGCCGCAGCAGCCUCGGGGCGCUGCUGAAAUGGGGCUCCGAAAGGCCGCGGGUCUGGGGAAACUCGGCCUGCCCCUGGGGCUCCUCCUCUGCUUGCUGGCCCAGAAGCCCGCAGGCGACACGAAUACUUCUGCGGACGAGGCGGACCAUGAGCCAGUGGUGACAUUCGUGGACUCGGGUUUAAAUGUAACAGAACCCAAGGAGGUAGAAUUUGGACCGUGCACAGUUACAUGCGGAAUUGGCAUCCGAGAAGUUAUAUUAACCAGUGGAUGCCCUGGGGGUGAAUCAAAAUGUAUUGUUCGUGUUGAGGAAUGCAGAGGACCAACAGACUGUGGCUGGGGAAAACCAAUUUCUGAAAGUCUUACUAGUGUGAAGAUACCUUGCAUUUUUGUACCUCCAGAAGAUCGAUUUACAUACACUUGGAAAAUGUUGAUUCCAGACCAGCAAUCACUGAUACUUCCUAAUGAUUCAGCUAUUCUGGAGGUUCACAGAGAUACACAUCCAGUUGCCUUCGAGUGUGAUACAAACGAAAAUGAUCAACUGAUUGCAUCUGUAAAAUAUACAGUGUAUACAACAGCUGAACUGGAAACAAGAAGGUUAAAGAAGCCAGCCACAGAUAUAGUACUGGUGUUUGUACUCAUAACUGGAGUUAUUGUUUGUGUUGGUGUGCUCUUUGCCAUAGUGUUCAUCAUUCUUAACUGGGAAGCUGUAAAAACCUUCUGGCAAACAAAAGUUUGGAAGAGCAAAGAAGAAGUAGUACACAGCUCAUACGCUUCAAUGAGAACCACAGACGACUUCGGGCAAGUGCCUACAGCCGAUAAUUCUCAGAUAUCGCAACAAGGAAGUGGCGGUCAGGAGCAGGGUUCCUACCAGGAGUGGGCUGCAGAAGAAGGAGAAAAUUAGAAGGAAAAAAAAGAGAUUAUUUUUUAAAAGGGGAUUAUAUUAAAAGUAUGCCCAAAAUAUUAAGAAUAUCAGUUCUGAGAAGUGUUUUUGCUAAUCUGGUGAAAUCUCGUUUAUGAAUGUUGCAAUGGUGUAAAACUGCACCAACCAUAUUUAAAGAUUGAUUUCAGCUGGUGUUGUUGUGGUCCACAGCUAAACUCUUCCUCUGCAUGCUCUUGAAAACAAGAAGCGAAAUUUGUCAUGAGGUGUUCACCAAACUCACCAAAUAAAUAUAAUGGCACUCUG